AUGGAAUUCAUGAUUCCAGAAUUUUCUAGGGUCGAAACUUAUUUAAAUCUUCCACCCUCCGAAAUCCUUCCACCAGAUCCGACGCCAUACAGUCUUCUGAAGCCAUCGUUGACCGGAAUCCCCAUAUUCGCCGGUGAAUAUGUCACCAAAUGGUUAGAAGUGAUGGAGCAAUUUUUCUAUUACAUUUUCAUACCUUCAAAGAUGAGAUUAUUCACGGCAAAUUUCUACUUAGCCGGAGAACCCUUACGGUUCCUUUAUGGCUUGCUCUCUGCUUCCCUACUGUCUACUUGGGACGAGUUCGCCGAAAAAUUGAAGCUUAGGUUUGGGAAUUGCAUUCGGCCAACCCUAAAGAUUAAUGUCUGGGAGGCUUCAGAGGAGGAUGCGCCAGCCACAGAGCUUGAAGACUUUUCAGUCGUGAAAGAAGACCGAUCACCAGUGGAGGAAAUUUCUGGACACAAUGUGGAUGAUGAAUCGUCGGAAUCCUUGGCAACAAGUAUCUCUGAAGCUUUGAACCCUGAAUCGGAAGGUGUUAAGCGUGAUGAUUAUGAUCCUGAUGAGUUACUGUCGGUAGAUGUAUCGUUACUGUCGGUAAAUGGUUUUAAAGGAGGAAAAAUAUUCUUUGAUUGGGAUGGUAACUCCUCGUAUGAAACUGAGCUAAGUGUUGAUGAUACUUUAAUUUUGGAUGAAAAGAUUACCGCCUGUAAAGAAAUGGUUCCUAAGGUGGUUAACUGUGCAAAAUUAAAUGAUAAAAUGGAGAACAUUGUUGAUGAGUUAGUAUUUUACUGUGUUGAGAUUGUUCCAAAUGAGAAUUUAAACGUUACUGGUGUGGUUUUAAAUGAUUUGAAUGGCCUUUAUAUGGAUGCAGAGGAAAUUUCUAUUGAUGUUGGAAUGGGAAUAUGUCUAAACCCUUCCAUAAACAAAAGACUUGGCUUGAGUUUAUUUGCCAUUGAACCGGGUGGAUUAGUACAUCACUCGAGUGCUAAGAGUUCAUUUGAGCAAAGCAGGGGUGUUCUAACUAAUUGGACUCCAGAUUAUGGGAAGGAGGAUAAAUUUGUUGAGCUCAACAAUGAACAUAUUGGAAUUAUUGAAAGCAAUUAUGUUGUGAAAUGGCCUGAUAAGGUGGGGAAUCCCUUGGCUAGUGGUGAUUCUUUGGUUUCGAAUGACAUGUUUACUGAAUCUGUGGAGUAUAAAGCCAUCAACAUGAAUUCUGAAUAUGUGAUCGUUGAAGCUGAUUCGAUUGGAAAUGAUGAGAUUAGUUUUACUCAAAUGUGCUAUACUAUUGUUAACGAUUAUAUAAAUGAAGUUGUAGCUGAAAUUAAUGACGACGUUGGAAUCCUUGAUAGGAUGGUUGACUCCUUUGAUUUGUUGUCAAAUGGUAUGUUUAAUUCGGUUAUCAGUUUUGUAUUAGGAGCCAACCCACCAAUUAAAAUCAUGGAGAGGUAUUACAAACAAUUGUGGAAGCAUCUGGGGGUGGAAAAGGUGCUCCUUCUUCCUACUGGGAGCAAGCGGUGUAUUACGAAUGGCGGCCUACGAAAUGUAGUCACUGUUCUAAUUAUGAUCAUGGUGGAGGAUUGCAAGAAAAAGCAACAAGCAAAAAAGGCAAAACAGGUGGUCCAUGAAAUGACUCGUAAUAAGGAGAAUGAGAGGUCUGAAUGGAGGAUUGUUGCAAGGGGGAAGCAAGUGAUGAAACCUAUUACUGUUAUGGAGCAGCCUUUGGAAACAGGAAGACAGGAAGAUCACAGUAAGACAGAAGAACAGCCAAAAACCCCAGUUGCAGUUGUUAGCAAUGGGUUUGCAAUGUUGGAUCAAUUGAAAGAUAAGAGGGGUCAGAACUUAAUGAAGGAAACAGUAGUGGAUCAACAAGGGAAUCAGCAAGCAGCAGUGGAAGUAGUUAAGGGGACAAUCAAGCAAAUUGACCCUGGUAUCCAUGUAUAA